AAUCACACAAUUGUCGAAGGCAGCAAGAUAAGCAGGCCCUGUAAUAGCGAACUGAGAGAGAGAGAGAGAGAGAAUGGUUGCAGCAACUGCAACUUGGUCUUACCAGAACCACACCUUCUCCAACUUUCUUUCUUCUUCUCCUAAUUCUAACCUCUUUCCUCUCCAUCUUCGCUGCCUCAAGAGACAGUCACUCACAAGCGAUGUCACUGCGGCCAGGAUCCGAUGCAAAGCAGCUCUGGGAGUGGGAUCCACAGAGACCAAACUGCAAAAGAAGAGCCAGUAUGAUAUUGAGAACCUAACAAUAUGGCUGCUAAAGCAAGAACAAGCAGGUAAUAUUGACGCCGAGCUCACGAUUGUCCUCUCAAGCAUCUCAUUGGCUUGCAAGCAAAUCGCUUCGCUGCUUCAGAGGUCAAGCAUUAUUAAUCUCACUGGGGCUCAUGGAACUAUCAAUAUCCAAGGUGAAGAUCAGAAGAAACUUGACGUUAUCUCCAAUGAGUUGUUCUGCAACUGCCUAAGGUCUUGCGGCCGCACGGGGAUUAUAGCAUCAGAGGAAGAAGAUGUACCUGUUGCGGUGGAGGAAACUUACUCGGGAAACUACAUUGUAGUGUUUGACCCUAUUGACGGAUCUGCCAACAUUGACAUCUCCUUGACUACUGGCUCCAUCUUUGGCAUAUAUGGCCCUGAUGAGCAAUGUCUUGUUGACAUUGACGAUAACUCCACGCUCGAUCAGGAAAAACAGAAAUGUGUCACCAGUGUUUGCCAGCCAGGAAGCAACCUACUGGCCGCUGGCUAUUGCCUAUAUUCAAGCUCAGUUGUCUUUACACUCUCAAUAGGGAAAGGGGUGUUUGCAUUCACCUUGGACCCCUCACAUGGGGAAUUUGUUUUAACACAUGAAAAUAUAGAGAUACCAAAAUUGGGAAAAAUCUAUUCAUUCAAUGAAGGUAAUUAUGACCUAUGGGAUGAAAAACUGAAGAAAUACCUCAGCCACCUUAGGCUGCCAGGCUCCAAUGGCAAGCCCUAUUCUGGUCGUUACAUAGGAUGCCUUGUCGGGGAAAUCCAUAGAAUGUUGCUAUAUGGUGGUAUCUAUGGUAAUCCCAAGAACAAGAACAGCAAAAAUGGGAACUUGAGGCUCUUGUAUGAGUGUGCACCAAUGAGCUAUCUAGUAGAACAAGCUGGAGGGAAAGCAACAGAUGGUCACCAGAGAAUACUUGACAUCAAACCAGAGGAGGUUCACCAGCGUACACCAAUUUUCAUUGGAAGCCCAGAUGAAGUAGAGAAACUGCAGACAUUCUUGGCUUGAUACAAAAUGUCCUCAAUUUGUCCUCUUUAUUCCUAUGAAUAUGUUUAAGCAUUCGAUUCACAUUUGAACAGAAGGGAAAACUAAGUACAUUUGAUCAAGAAUUUUCAAAUAAUUUGAUUCUUCAAUGUUCAUUUGUUAA